AAAGUAAAAUUGUUAUGGAGGUGACCUUCACCACAUCCAACAUACAUUUUGCAUUGUCAUUCCGCAACACUCAGAAAACAAACCUGUUGUGUUUGUCAUUUGUGUUGGAGAGACAUGAUUAAACCCCGUCGCACAAAAUCCUAUCGUUUCACAUUUAAUUAAGUACAACUAUUUAAAAAUAUAGGAAUCAAUAUUUGCAUUGCACAAAGUUGAAUGUACAUUUAUUCUCAAACUAUUGAAAAUCAAGGUAUAAGGUUGGAUCACGACUGAUGAUCUUAUCGUAUUAAAUAGACAAUUUGUUGCGUGUACGUGAUUGACUAUAUUCUGGAUUGAUAAGUAAUGGAUUGAUAAGUGAUAACAUAAUGGAUUGGGAAACUCCGGUCGCAAACUUUCCACUGAAAGUUGUGUAUUCUGACGGUGUUGAAGUUCAGAAUGGUAAUCGUGUCACAAGAACCCAAGCUGGAAAUAAGCCAUCCGUUUCAUGGAACGCUGAUCCCAAUAAAACGUACCUUUUGGCCAUGAUGGACCCUGAUGCUCCAUCCAGAUACUUGCCCUUUUUGGGUGAAGUUCUACACUGGAUGGUGAUCAAUGUCAAGGGAGGAAAUGUGACGAGAGGAGAGGAGGUGGUUCCAUAUGGACCACCCGGACCCCCACCGGGGCUAGGAGCACAUCGCUACGUGUUUCUUGUGUACGAGCAACCGGAACUAAUUACCGUCGAUGAACAAAUGAAAACUUCUCGUCUAGCACGAAUCCGAUAUUCAAUUCAGGAUUUUGCAAAGAAGCAUAAUCUUGGAAAUCCGGUGGCGAAGAAUUAUUUUCAAACGACUUUUUUCUAAACUAGCACCAUUACAUUAUUAUCACAAGGUAUUUAUGAAGAUGCCUUUAGACAUUAUUGUAUGCAUGUAUGUACUUAUGCACUGCCUGAAUUUACUGUUAUUGCUUUGUUAGAUCUCCUUCAAUGUCAACUUUAAUUAAAAUCUGAGGUAACCCUCAAAUAACUUGUGAAAUUAAGUAAAUUUUCAUGUUCCAGCCAUUUCAAAACGAAAUGUACAAAUUGAAUGUAUGUGUUAUAAAUUGCGUGCGCACAAAGAAAACCUUCGAAUAAUUAAUUGUUAUUCACAUUUCAAUAUCUCAAUUGCGCGAGGUUCAAUGUUAGAUGCAUCUUAAAAAUAAAUAAAAGAAAUGAUACAAAA